AUGAUCAUACACGGAAUGAAGAAUUCGCUGAAAAAUAUAACUCUUGCAUUUCUUACAUUAGAGUUUCCAGGAAUUGUUCAUUUAGACGAAAAUAAAGAGAAGUUUGUUAAUAAAGGAUUUUUAUCAAGGGUAGUUCUCGUUCUUGUCGAAUAUCUCGGAUUCAACUAUGAUAUUAAAAAAGGAAACUGGAGUGAUAUUGGAUAUUUUUUCAAAAAUAAAUCAGUUGACAUUGCUGUACCGAAGAGUCAAACUUUUCAAAGUUAUAAAUACAUGGAUUUUUCGAAUAUUAUUACUGUAGAUCCGGUAAAAUUCAUUAUUGGUAAACCUGCAGAACUAUCAAAAUUAACUGCAGUAAUUCGUCCGUUUUCUUUUCAGAUGUGGUUAUUAACGUUUUUCGCACUUUUCAUCUCUGUAAUUUUCUUUACAAUUAUAUUUCGAAAAGAUGAAGAACUGCAUAACAGAAAACAUUCAAAAGCAUACGAUAUUGCUUGGGCGUUAUUUGGAUCAUUUUGUGAUCAAGGAAAUCGGUUAUUUUUACCUUCUGGCAACAGCUGCAGAAUGAUUGUCUGGGGAUGGUUGUUUGGAAUAUUUAUUCUUACUGCUAGUUAUAGCGGUGCAUUAAUGUCUUUCAUUACAUUUCCUGGUCGAGAAAAUGCUCCAAGAACGUUUACUGAAUUAAUGAAAGCUGCAGAAAAUGGGGAAUAUAUCAUAAGCAUUGAUCCUCGAUCUACAGCUUAUGGAGUCAUUCUUCGAUCAACUCAGGGCACAGGCCUAGUCUUGAAAAAAUCAAUCGAAUCAAAUAAAUUUACAUAUCCCCAUUUCGACGAAAAGUUUGGUAUUAGAAUGAUGACAGAAAAAGUUGGUUAUAUAACGUAUGGUAUUCUCAUUAAAUUAAAACUCAGUUCUUUGGGAAUUGAAAAUUUUCUGAUAUCUACAGAUCAACUAUAUGCUAAUAGCCUUGGAUUUGGUAUAGCCAAGAAAUUUCCAUACAGGAGAGACAUCGACAAAGUAAUUUUACGCAUAUUUGAAACCGGAAUUAUCAGGAAGUUCGAGAAUGAUGAAGCGUUACAGACAUGGAAAAAACCCAGAAGACUGGACAGCCUGUCUGAACGAUGCGCGAACCCACGAACGAACUCGUGUAAAGGUUACGAAGACAGCAUGGCCACUGGUGUGCCUCACGGUCAGUCUCAAUCCUGUUGGUGUAUUGUGGAUCUACUGAAACAACGAUUAAAGUAA